AUGAGUUUAGUUGGAGCUACUAAAUCUUUACUACUUUUGGGUCGGUGUGCUCCGUCAGUCAAACAGAAUGCAUCAAAAAUUGUUGUUAAGAAAUUAGAAUUAGACCAGAACUUAUUAAUGUAUUUUCACAAAGAUGAAGUUUAUUAUGCUCAUGAUCCAGAACAGCAGUGUAAGACAGGUGAUGUCGUGCUCAUCCAAGAAUUAUCAGAAAAACUAACAACUCACAUUACACAUCAAGUACUCAAAGUGGUGUAUCCUUUAGGUGAUGUUACAGAUCCUAUAUCUAAUAAAAAAGUAGCAACUCUUCGAAGUGGAACAGUUGCUUACAGGGACGAUUUAGAAGAAAUUGAUAAUCUGUAUGGUCUAACCAAGAAACGAUUCAAUUAUGUCAACGCACCCAAAAGAGGAUGGCAAGAGGACAAAAAAGAUUUUUCUCACAAAAAAAGCUACAUCAAAUACCAUGAAUCUGAAGAAGAACAGCCAUAUUCAGUUCCAAGAUAA